ACGAGACUCCUGCCUCUGUGUCUCAUCUUUUAUCGAUAUUUUGAACAUUAAAAUGUUUACAUUUAAGUUGAAAAAAAAAAAAAAUCCUCAGGAAAAAACCGCAACUCUGAUGUCUCGCUCUGACUUUGAAGAUUAAGUCUCGCACGCGGACGAUGGGGAUCUUCAGAAGCGCCCGCGCGCACUCACACACAGGAAGUUAACCGAAAGAAAACAAGGGGGAAUCUGCAGAUUGUUAAAAAGAAGAAGAAGAAAGUCACCUUUCCUCUGCAGAAGAACCAUGCAGGACAACAGCAGCGCCUCCAGGGCUCUGACCGCGCUGAGUGAGUGUGGAGAAGAUGAUGAAGGAGACAUCUUCAAACUUGUCAGUCCUACUGAAGCAACCUCCAGCCUUGCUGCUUUUAACCUCUCACUCAACUGCUGGUUGCACCUCCUCUCCAAGGAGUCCUCCAUGGAUUUGCAUGGAGACAGCGCAAAUCUGGCAGUGCGAGUCCUCAUUGCAUUGGUCUACUUGGUGGUCUGUGUGCUGGGACUUGUGGGUAAUCUCCUGGCCCUCUUCCUGCUUCACUCCCGCCGUCGGGGUCACCACCACCACUCCUCUAUCGACUGCUUCGUCAUGAGCCUGGCGCUGACUGACCUCCAGUUUGUCCUCACCCUGCCUUUCUGGGCUGUGGACACGGUGCUGGACUUUCGCUGGCCCUUCGGUCGAGUCAUGUGCAAGAUUGUGAGCUCCGUCACCACCAUGAACAUGUACGCCAGCGUCUUCUUCCUCACUGCUAUGAGCGUGACCCGAUACCGCUCUCUGGUGACCUCUCUGAGGAUGGACAGUCCAAGGAUUUCUCUCGCUCGAGCCAAAUGGGCCAGUUUUGGGAUAUGGGUGGUGUCACUGGUGGCUACGCUGCCUCAUGCUUUCUACUCCACUACAGUGCAGGUAUCCACAGAUGACGAGUUGUGCCUAGUGCGGUUCUCUGACUCAGACUCCAGCCACUGGGAUCCUCAGGUCCUGCUUGGACUCUAUCAAACACAGAAAGUACUCCUGGGAUUUGUAGUGCCCUUGAUCAUCAUCUCAGUGUGCUACCUCCUCCUCCUGAGGUUCAUCUUGAGCCGGCGUGUCGUCGGGAGUAUCAUCAGCGAGAGCGUCACGGAGAGGUCAGAGUGUGAGAGAGGACGGCACCGCCGACGCUCUAAAGUCACCCGCUCCGUCACUAUCGUAGUCUUGUCCUUUUUCAUCUGCUGGCUGCCCAAUCAGGCGCUCACCUUGUGGGGGGUGCUCAUCAAAUUUGACCUGGUGCCCUUCAGUAAAGCUUUCUACAACACCCAAGCUUAUGCUUUCCCUCUGACUGUCUGUUUGGCUCACGCUAACAGCUGUCUCAACCCUGUGCUGUACUGCCUGGUCCGCAGGGAGCACAGAGCCGGACUGAAGGAGCUCCUGCUGAGAGUGUCGCGCUCCGUUCAAAAUGUCUUUACACUGGCCCUGAGAGGGAGGAGGGUGGAAGAGGCACCACCCAGCCUGGUCAUGGUUCAUUAAAAUGUCUGUAUAUGAUUAAUUUUGUAGGAGAAAAAGUAUGACAUUUAUUGGCUCUCCUGCUGAGAGCUGAGCUAGAAGAUUUAUACAAACUUAAUGUUUAUAUAUGUAAAUAUGAAGCUCCUGGUUAAAGCAGACACAUAAAUGGGGAUAAAAAGUUAGCCUGGCUUGGUCCAAAGCACUUAAACAUUCCUACCAUCGUCUAUAGAGGGAACACAACUUAUUUAUUGUUUAUUUUUUUCAAAGAAUAUAAA